AUGUUCAGACAAUCGAUUAGAAGCAUUACUAGAGGAGCCAAUUUGAUGGCCAAGAGAACUUACGCUGAGGCCGCUGCCACUAGCGAUGUUCUCAAGGUUUCUUUGGCUCUGCCUCAUGAGACUAUAAUUGACAAUAAGGAGGCUGCCCAAGUCAACCUACCUGGUGCCUCUGGUGAACUGGGUGUUUUAGCUAACCACGUUCCUAUCGUCGAGGAAUUAAAACCAGGUGUCGUAGAGGUUCUUGACUCUGCUGGAAAGUCUGACAAGUAUUUCAUUUCUGGUGGUGUCGCUUCUAUUCAACCAAAUUCCAAGUUGUCUAUCUCAACCAUUGAAGCUUUCACUUUGGACUCUUUCUCUGCCGAGGAGAUCAACCGCUUGUUAGCUGAGUCCCAAAAGAAUGUAUCCUCUGCUGACGAAGCUGUUGCUGCCGAGGCCGCCAUUGAAGUUGAGGUUUUGGAGGCUUUACAGGCUGUUGUAAAGAAAUAG